GGUUUCUCGCGCCGCCAGCCCAAAAAAGGCAGCCCCCACGCACGCCACCGCAGCAAGAGCAAGCACAAUGUGCUGGAACCAGCAGACCUCGGCGGCCUUCACGGCCCUGGGCCUCGCCGCCGCCUGGGCCGUCCACCGGGCGACGGGAAACACAAAGAUGACGGCCGCCAUCCUCUUCUUCUGCCUCAUGGAGCUCCUGCAGUCGGUGCAGUACUUUUUUAUUGCGGACCGGCUGGGGGACCCGGCAUGCUUCAAUAAAAUAAACCAAAUCUUAACGCUCGUCGGGUACUUGCACAUCCAGCUCCAGCCCUACUUCACGAACCUCUACCUGCAGGCCUUCCGGCCGAGCACGGGCAAGGCCAAGAAGAACGAGCACGUCGCCUGGGCCCUCGUGCAGAAGCUGUGCCUGGCGCAGUGCGCGCUCGGCCUUUCGAGGGUUCUACUCUCGCCGUCGCUCUGGGACCGGUCCCGGCUCUCCGCCCAAGAGGAAUCCUACUACGCGGCGACGCGGGACUGGCUCGAGGGCCCGGAGCUCUGCACGUACCGGGGCGCCGUCCACCUCGCGUGGUCGAUCCCGCUCCAGCGGCCGGGCUACUUCGUGCCCGCGAUGGGCCUCCACGCGUUCCUGAUGUUCGUGCCGGUCCUGUGCAUCGGGGGCCUCGCGGAAUUAGAUUCCGUGGCCUUCCUCAUGGGCACGGGACCCAUAUUAUCGAUGUACCUCACGCGCAACGCGCACGAGCAGGCCUCGAUCUGGUGCUUUUUUAGCACGAUGCAGUGCGCCAUCGGCGCGGCGUCGGCCGUGCUCCAGCACCGCUCCGCCUCGUCAAAAACGCCUCAAAACCCCUACGAGACGCGGCCCCGUUUGAAGAACACGGCGACGCCGUCGAAGCAGCCCGCGCGCCGCGCGCGGAAAGCUGUCGACUACAGCGAGGACUAACU